UUUUUUAUGGCUUCCACGACGGACCAACUAGACAUUCCAGAGAUCCCGGAAGAAGGAUUUUCACCAUCAGAACAUUCACAAUGUUAUUCUGACAUGUCUGACACAGAAGUACAAGAGCCAGCAGGCUCACCAGACUUCUACUCUGCAAAAACGUCUAUGGCGAGUACACCCACUACAGAUUAUUUUCCAGACAGCGAAGAAGAACUUUACGAUGAUGAACCCAGUGAUCUCCCUGCUAUUCCAAUAAACUAUAACCGGGGCCGUCGCACGUCUGUAAGUGCCGAAUCAAUGGCACCUAGCCAGGAUAAAGAUUAUGUCAAAAUUUAUAUUCCAAAAACACCGGAACAACGGAAACGAAUAGAAACAUCGAUCGCCAAUAAUUUUUUGUUCAAAAAUCUUGAUGAAGAGCAGUAUAAAGAUGUGAUUGAUGCGAUGGUAGAAAAGAGGGUCGAUAAAAAUGAAGAGAUUAUUAGCCAAGGUGGUAUCGGAGAUUUCUUUUACGUUGUGGAGACUGGUACAUUUGAUGUUUACGUCACCAAAAAUGGAUCUGCUCCAGAGUUAGUACAUCAUUAUGAAGCUGGUGGAAGUUUCGGAGAGCUGGCUUUAAUGUACAAUGCUCCACGUGCUGCAACUGUUGUUACUACAUCAGAUGCUGUUCUUUGGGCUUUAGAUAGAGUAACUUUUAGACGGAUUCUUAUGGAAAACACUUCUCGCAAGCGAAGAAUGUAUGAAUCAUUUCUUGAGGAGGUUCCAAUUUUGAUUUCAUUGGAACCUUAUGAACGACACAAGAUUGCUGAUGCCUUGGAAUCCUUGUAUUAUGAAGAUAAUCAGUUGGUUAUUAAACAAGGAGAUAUAGGUAACAGUUUUUAUCUUAUAGAAUCUGGUGAAGCUCGGGUAACGAAAGUGGACGAAGAUGGUGUUGAGCAUGAACUUCCCGGUCUGAAUAAAGGAGACUACUUUGGAGAACUUGCUCUGCUCAAUAACAAGCCUCGCGCUGUAAAUAUCCGAGCUAAAGGUCGAUUAAAGGUUGCUACAUUGGGCAAAAAAGCCUUUGUCCGGUUGUUAGGUCCAGUUGUAGACAUCCUUAAAC